AUGGUGUCCUCUGCAGUGACUGCACAAUUCACACUGAUAUUUACUUUGGGGUCUGGUGUUCAAUGUCUUGAUAGUUCAGUAUGCACUCUUUUUAAAAACUUUGGUUUGCCUAGUAUAUUCAAGAAUGGAGAUAUUGUUUUAGGUGGAGUAUUUCCCAUCUAUAAUAAGGAAGAACAAGCUGAACAUUCAUUUCAGACUGAACCAGCUGACACACAAUGUGUGAGUUUUGAUUUAAGGGCAUUUCGCUGGACUCAAGCGAUGGUCUUUGCCAUAGAAGAAAUAAACACGGAUACCUCUUUGCUUCCCAACAUCAGUCUGGGAUAUCUAAUCUAUGAUUCCUGUGCAUCUCCAACAAAGGCUUCUAAAGGAGCUAUAUCAGUUAUUAAUGGGCAAGCAAAAGCUAAGAAUAAUUUUGCUUGUCCAGCCUCUGUCCCAGUAGUCAUUGGAGAAUCUGGAUCAGCUCAGUCUAUAGCUAUUUCCAGGAUGUUGGGCCCCUUUCAAAUACCAAUGGUGAGUUACUUCUCCACAUGUGCCUGCCUCAGUGACAAGCAUGAGUUUCCCACAUUUUUCAGGACAGUUCCCAGUGAUUUUUAUCAAGCUAAAGCUUUGGCUCAGCUUGUGAAGCUCUUUGGCUGGACUUGGAUAGGAACAAUUAAAGGGGAUAAUGAAUAUGGCAGGUAUGGGAUUCAGGCAUUCACUGAGGAAGUAAAGAAAAUUGGAGUGUGCAUACCUUUCUCUGAAACUGUUCUUAGAACAUAUCCAAGAAGCAAAAUCUUGCAAGUGGUGAAUACAAUUAAGCAGUCAUCUGUCAAGGUGAUUUUGGCAUUUGCGUCUGAAGGUGACUUAUACCCUUUAAUGCAAGAAGUAGUUGAGCAAAACAUAACAGGUAUCCAGUGGAUUGCAAGUGAAGCCUGGAUCACAGCAGCCAGACCAUCAACUGAAAGGUUCUUCCAGUCAUUUGGUGGCACCAUUGGAUUUGUGAGCCGUAAAAUGGAGAUUCCCGAAAUGAAAGAUUUUCUGCUUGCAUUAAAACCUGCUGUCAACUACAACAAUGACUUUAUAAAAGGAUUCUGGGAAACAAUUUUUGAGUGUAAACUUGCCAUGAAAGGACAGGAUGGAACUCUCUACGGGACAGAUGGAAAGAUUUGCACUGGGCAGGAGCGACUGGACCAGGUCAAUAACACAUUUUUUGAUGUGACACAGCUGAGAGUCACUUACAAUGUUUAUAAGGCUGUUUAUGCUAUUGCAAAUGCUCUCCACAGCUCCCUGUUCUGUGACAAAGGGAAAGAGCUGUCAUACACAUUCUGUGGGAACAUUUCAAACCUUCAGCCCUGGCAGGUUUAUCAGCACUUGAAAACAAUCAAGUUUAGAAACCGCUUUGGGGAAAAUGUUUACUUUGAUGAGAAUGGAGAUCCUGCUGCGGCCUAUGACAUCAUUAACUGGCAGCUUCACAGAGGAGUAGUCCAACAUGUCACAGUGGGAUAUUUUGAUGCAUUGUUAAAUGAAGGCAACCAGCUUAUUAUUAAUGAAGAAGGCAUUAUCUGGAAUGGUGGGAAACAGGUCCCAGUAUCCAUGUGCACCAGAAGUUGCCUCCCUGGUACCAGAAAAGCCACAAGGAAAGGUCAGCCGAUUUGUUGCUUUGACUGCAUCCAGUGUGAAGAUGGUAGUUUUAGUAAUGAAACAGAUUCUACUGAAUGUAAGAAAUGCCCUGAAGGAUACUGGUCUUCUGCCGAAAAAAACAAAUGCAAACCAAAAACAGUUGAAUUUCUUUCUUUCGGUGAUGCAAUGGGGAUUAUCCUAACCGCAAUGGCUUUAGCUGGACUUGGUCUCACAAUAGCCACUGCUGCAGUCUUCAUGUAUUAUAAGCAGACACCCAUAGUCAAGGCAAACAACUCUGAGCUGAGUGCUCUGCUGCUACUAUCCUUGUUCUUCUGCUUUCUUUGUCCUCUUACUUUCAUUGGUGAGCCAUCCGUUUGGUCCUGCAUGCUUCGACAUACAGUCUUUGGGAUCACAUUUGUCGUCUGCAUUUCCUGUAUGCUAGGAAAAACAGUAAUGGUGGUGAUAGCUUUUAAAGCAACACUUCCGAAUAAUAAUUUAGCCAAGUUCUUUGGACCAUCCCAGCAACGUCUUUUGGUUUUUGUUUGCACAGGAGUUCAAAUAAUUAUUUGCACAUUGUGGUUGAAUGUGGACCCACCUGUUCCAGCAAAAAAUUUUAAACAUAAUAAUGAAAUCAUUAUUCUAGAGUGUAAUACUGGAUCUAAAGUAGCCUUUUAUGCUGUACUUGGAUAUAUUGGUCUUUUAUCCUGCAUAUGUUUUGUGUUGGCCUUUUUGGCUCGACAAUUACCAGAUAAUUUCAAUGAAGCCAAAUUUAUUACUUUCAGCAUGCUCAUCUUUUGCACCGUGUGGUUAACUUUUAUACCUGCUUAUAUCAGUUCACCAGGAAAAUACACAGUCGCUGUUGAAAUAUUUGCUAUUUUGUCUUCAUCGUUUGGAUUACUCCUUUGCAUUUUUUUUCCUAAAUGCUAUAUAAUACUAAUUAAGCCUGAGAAAAAUACAAAAAAGCACAUGCUUGGAAAGAUUCCCACCAGACAAAUCUGA